ACUUCAAUAGUGAACAUGGCAACGAUUUCCAUGGCUAGAAUUGUCCCCAUUAUAGUUUCCAAACUCAUCAUUCUCAGCACCAUCCUCUCUCCUUUAGCCAUUAUUCAUGCUUCAAAAGAAAAUCAAGGCUUUGUAAGAAGCCUGGACCGCAAGCUAUAUGGGUUCAAGAAAGAAAAGCUAACCCAUUUUCGGGUUUAUUGGCAUGACAUUUAUAGUGCCCCCAACCCUACAGCCAUCCCCAUAGUGACAUCACCUUCCAACACAUCAGCAACUCUUUUCGGUUCUUUAAGCAUGAUCGAUGAUCCAUUGACAGAAAAGCCAGAACUAAGCUCGAAAUUGAUAGGAAGAGCUCAAGGGUUUUAUGGAUCAGCAGGACAAGAAGAAACUGCCCUUUUGAUGGCCAUGAACUUUGUUUUCCUUCAAGGCAAGUACAAUGGUAGCACCAUUAGCAUACUAGGGAGGAACCAUGUUUUUUCCAAGGUGAGAGAGAUGCCGGUGAUCGGAGGUAGUGGGCUUUUCCGGUUUGCCAGAGGAUAUGCUCAAGCCAAUACUUAUAGUUUCAAUGCAAAGACAGGAGAUGCUGUUGUUGAGUACAAUGUGUAUGUGUUACAUUAUUGAUCACGUUGCCCUUAUUUUUUGUGUUAAGUGAUUUAUAUUGGCAUUUUGCUUCAAUUACUAUUUAUAGUCUGUCUAUCUCUCUGCUAUAUGGUAGCUUUGAAUGACAGUGGCUUCAUCUGAUUUAUUCUGUGUC